AUGUCAGCGCGAUUUCCAGACAGGUCGCGGUCGAAGCGAUCUCGAUCUCGAUCGCCACACUCAGAUCACACCCAGAAGUAUACCCGACGGUCGGACGAGCGAGACCAGCGAUAUGACAACAGCAGAUAUCGCGACCGCGAUGCGCGACCGGGCCAAUCUCAGGCUCGGGGAAUGAAGGACCAGAUGCGGCUCAAUCAGCUACAAGAGGAUGAGCGAGUGCGCGAGUGGGUGGCUCAGGAGGACAUCUUUGUUCUGAAGCAGGCGAAAAAGAAGGCAGAAAUUCGAGUGAAAGAGGGCCGCGCGAAACCAAUCGACUGGCUUACGGUUAUGCUGCGGGUGAUUGAUCCAACGAGGAAUCCUCUUGACGACGAAAUUACGGAUUCGGAACUCGAUCUAAUAGACCCUGAGGGUGUGUUUGAGGGAUUAUCGCAGACUGAACUUGGCGAUUUGGAGAAGGACAUUGACACAUUCCUGGGGCUGGAAUCGAACUCUCAGAAUAGGGAUUAUUGGAGGACGAUGAAAGUUAUCUGUAAAGACCGCCAAAAGACGAUAGCUCCCGAAGGACGUGCGCUCAAUUCCGUUGCUGCGGAUAUCAACAAGCUUCUCAGUCCCAAGUCUUACGAACAGCUCCAGGCACUCGAAGGGCAGGUUAGGAGAAAGUUGGACUCCAAUGAACCUAUUGAUACGGACUACUGGGAGGAACUGUUACGCAGUCUCACUGUUUGGAAGGCACGCGCGAAGCUGAAGAAGGUAUACCAGGCCGUCAUAGAUGAGCGCGUUCGGGGACUACGUCAACAGCAGCGUGAAGAAGCCGAGUCGGUCCGUUCCAAGUUGGCACCUCUGGCGCCCUUGGUUCGGGAAGACGGGCCUAAAGCUGUAUUGGUCAAUGAAGAAUUUCAUGGUCUUGACCCCGAUCCAUUACUUCAGAUCCGUCCAGAGGACAAGAUAUACGAAGUAUUAGAUGAAUCUACCUUCUUAGAUCAAGUGGCCCGCGAACGUCAAAAAAUCCUUAAAAUGGGAUAUGUUCCUCUACGCCAGCGCCAGGCGGAGAAGGCAUCCGCUCCCGUUGCGAGCAAUGCAGCAAACACCGCUAUCGCCAGUAACCCCACUCGCUUCUCCUCGAUCCCCAAUGAGGACUUCUCUCAGGCAACGAAGGCAUUGUACGAAAGAGAGCUAGCCAAGGGGGUCAGCGAGAACGAGGAAAUUUUCACAGGAGAAGAGUCUGUCAGUACAGGCGCGCAGCCUCAAUGGGCUAGUAAAUAUCGGCCUCGCAAACCACGAUACUUCAACCGUGUCCAAAUGGGUUAUGAAUGGAAUAAGUACAACCAGACACAUUACGACCACGAUAAUCCGCCACCGAAGGUUGUCCAAGGAUACAAGUUCAACAUAUUUUAUCCCGACCUCAUUGAUAAGACGAGAGCACCUACAUACCGCAUAGAGCGGGAGAAUGGACGAAAACGAGGUCAAUCAUUUGCCGCUGCCGGGGAAGAGGAUACCUGUCUUAUUCGGUUCAUGGCGGGGCCGCCCUAUGAAGAUAUCGCCUUUCGCAUCGUCGACAAGGAGUGGGAUUAUAGUGCCAAACGAGAGAGAGGGUUCAAAAGCACAUUUGAGAAGGGAAUUCUACAACUGCAUUUCCAGUUUAAACGAAUCUAUUACCGCAAAUGA